UUUCUCUUUUUCUCUUCACCUCUUCACCCACUUUCUAUCCUCUUCCUUUUUCUUCUUCUUGCUAUUGACCCGGUCUCACCAGGUCAGCAUGUUGAAGAAAACCCCCCAGCUGCCCGUGCGGCAGCUGGUCAUUCUUUCAAUAUGUCGCUUCGCAGAGCCAGUGGUCCUCACCUCCGUCCUCCCCUACCUACCCGAAAUGAUCGAAUCCGUCGGCGUCCCCAAGCCCGAGAUCGCCAAAUGGGUUGGCAUCACCGCGGCCGUGACCUCCUUCAGCCAGGCCGCCAUGGCCGUCACCUGGGGCACGCUGUCGGACACGGUCGGCCGCAAGCCCGUCAUCCUGACGGGGCUGACCUGCACGAUGGUCAUGUCGCUGGUGUUCGGGUUCGCGCGCAGUCUGACGUUACUGGUCAUCGCGCGCGGCCUGCUGGGCCUCCUCAACGGCAACGUCGGCAUCAUCCGCACCAUGGUCGCCGAGAUGGUCCCCGAGAAGGAGCUGCAGCCGCGUGCCUUCAGCAUCAUGCCGCUCGUUUGGACGAUUGGGAGUAUCUUUGGGCCCGCCUUCGGGGGCGCGCUGGCCCGUCCGGUUGAGAAGCACCCGGAGGUGUUUGGACGUUGGGAGUUUUUGCGACGGUAUCCCUUUUUGUUGCCGAAUCUGGCGGCGGCGGGGUUCUUUGUGGUGGGGAUUGGGACGGGGUUUUUGUUUUUGGAGGAAACGCUGGCUGCAAAGAAGCAUCAACGCGAUUAUGGGCUUGUGUUGGGUCAGGCUUUGACGCGGCCGUGUCGGAGUGCCAGAUCAGACAAAAAGUCACUGUCGACAACAACCAUCACAGAAACCGAUGAGGAACGAACGGCGCUGCUGGGCCAGCGCCGCGCAACCACGCGCACCAAGUCAGCCCGAAAACCCAGCUGGGCGGAGGUGUUCUCCCCGCAAUCCAACCUGAUUCUGCUGGCGUACUCACUCAUGUCGAUGCAUACCAUGGCGUUUGACUCGUUAUUUCCCGUCUUCCUGCACACGCCGCCGCAGCAGUUCGAAGGCAACCCGGACGUGCGUCUGCCGUUCAAAUUCAUUGGAGGGUUCGGUGUGGACUCCCAAACCAUCGGAAUUUACUACACGUUGAUCGGCAUCAUCGGCAUGAUGGUGCAGUUCCUGAUCUUCCCCGCGGCCGCCAAGCAGUACGGCGUGCUCAACUGCCUCAAGGUGGUCUCAAUCGUCUUCCCCGUGCUUUACCUGUUGACGCCCUUCACGGCGCUCGUGCCGGGGUCUCUGCGCCACGUGGUCGUGUUUCUGCUGAUGCUGGGCAAGCUCUCCGCCUCGAUCUUCGGGUUCCCCUGCACGACGAUCCUCCUCACCAACUCGGCGGCCAGCCUGAGUGUGCUGGGGACUUUGAACGGGGUGGGCACGAGUGUCAGUGCCAUUGGGCGCGCGGUGGGCCCGGCGCUGACAGGGUCGGCGUUUUCUUUUGGGGUGAAGCGGGGCUUCAUCAUCAUUCCGUGGUGGCUUCUGGCGGUGUUUGGAGCUGUCAGUGCCGUUCCGGUGUUUUGGACAGAGGAGUCCGAUGGGUUUCAUGGAAAGGAGGAGGAUGUGGUGGUAGAGGUGGAGGGUGCGGAGGAAAGCCAAACUGGUGGAUAUGGAGCUGUUGAGAAUACGGCUAGGCGGGGAUGAAGGGAGUAGAAAUGAGCUGGUGGGAUAAAAAAAGGGAAAGGGAAAAGAGAAAAGGGAAAAGUUUAAAUGAUGCGAUGAUACUGUAUAUGCUUGCUAAACGUGUUAUGUGACACAUGAAAUAUGAGUGUGAUAGAAGUAGAUGAAGACUA